AGUACCAACUGAUAUUGCUGGCUUUCUAGUUGCUGCAAUGGCUUCUUUUCUCAAACCCCAUAUAUCAAUAUCUCUUUGUUGAUCAAACUCAACUACCAAAGCCAACACUCAGGUUGAUUAAUUUUUUUGUUUCUUUUUUACUGUUUUUCUUCUCCUCUGUGGCUCUGUUCUUGUGUAGACUUGUUGAGAACAAUUAAUGUGAAUUGAUGAAUUGAUGACUUUAUGUUCUAUCAUCAAUAUCAUGGAUUCAUGUUAUGAUGUUGAUAAUAUAAUUUGAUUGCUCUGUAACUCUGUUUUUGUGUUGAAAGAUUUUAUUGCCAUUGUUUUGAUCUCUUUUCUUUUUGCAUGCCUGGAAGGAUCGAAGUGUGGAACUCUAUAAGCAUAUACUAAUAUUUUUGCUAAUUACAUAUGAUUUUGUUUACUAUAUUGAUCGUUUCUUAGUUUUCAAACAAUUUUACUUACACUUUAAUCAUCUAAUGUAGUUGCUAAUUACAUAUUGAUUGUCUUUUGUGCUAGGAAAUAGCUCAAGUCUUUUUUGUAUAAUGCGAAUCAUAUUUGUGUAUUAUAUGGUAGUUAUAUGCACUGAUUGCAACCAAAUACAGGGGAUGUAUUUUGCCAUUUUGGUUCAUCAAUGGUCUUUUGAUGUUUGGUUAAAUUUUUUGGCCCCCAUACAUAUAUAUUCCUCCCUCCGCCACUGACCACAUCAUCUGUCAAAUUCAAAUUUGACCCAAAUUUUUUAACACAUUUAUUGGAGAUGCUCUUAUAGGUUUUUCAAUUUUAAGGCUUGCCUCUUAUAAGAGGAUAUUUGUCAACUGCUUAACUCCAUUCAGGAACUUCGAUCCAGCAUAUCUAUCUUGAUUCAAAUUAAGUUGCUAAUUGUUCAGCUCGUUGGGACAGGUGGAGGUUUGAGUUGGACUUUCAUAUCUAUGAAAUUUUUUAUGGUUACAAAAAAUUUGGAGGGAGGAAAACUAUCCUAAUAUAUUUAUGAAAAUUUUGAUAAUGUCAAAGAAAUUUAAACCCUAAUCUUAAACACGCAAAUUAGUUAGCUUUCGCCUCCGUAGGUACGUGAGGCUGGAUUAUUGUUAAAAAAAAAAAAAAACCAUGGUUUCAAUUUUUAGACCCUCGUCCAUUUCUUCAAACAUUUUUCCUUCGAAUAGUUUUAGCUUUGAAAACCUCCACUGUAUUACCAUCAAGCGGCUCUUUGCACAAAAUAAAGCAUCAAGAGGCUCUUCUAGCUUCGACUAGUGCAAAAGCCCAAAACCCCAAAUCAGACGGCCACAGAUUUUCUCCUACCUGAUCAAGUAAAUUGGGGGCUUUCUUUUCCCUCUCAAAUCGUUCCCUCUUCCCUCUCUUUCCUCUCUUGCUCUCUCUCUCUCCGGCGUCAUCAAGAUUGGUCAAGCAAGCGAACCCAGAACUUCAUCUCAUCUGGGUAUUCUACCACUCCCUCUCUUUUCCCCGAAAGUUCUUUUCUUUACUGCUCUCUGAUGCACCCGUCUCUCUUUGCGUCUCGUUCACAAUGACAAUGCAUUCACACCCAUUUCUCUUCUGUACCCUUUUCUUUGUCUUCUUCAACCUCACUUUCCCUCCUUCACUCUCUCACCCACUUCCCCCUCCAACUCCAUCAAACAACAUCACCCUCUUCGGCGACGCCUCCAUUACCCACAACGCCAUUAGUCUCGCUCAGCCGCUCUCCACCUGCCCCAGUACCAACACCUCCGAGGUUCGGGUCGGAGAAGCCUUCUAUUCCAACCCAGUUCGUUUUCUUGACCCCAAAACCAAAGACUUCGCCUCUUUCUUGAGCCGGUUCACCUUCUCGAUCACCCAAUUGUGUUCUUCCGGAGACGGCAUGGCGUUUGUGAUCACCUCUGAUAUGGAGGGUUUCAGCUCCUCAAAAGGGUUCAUGGGUCUCCCCCAAGAUUCGUUCUUUGCUGUGGAAUUUGAUACCAGUUUUGACCCUGUGGUUGAUGACAUUAAUGGGAGCCAUGUUGGUAUUGAUCUCAACACUGUUGAGUCUGUGGCUUCUGUUAAUUCAGGGAUUGAUUUGGUGGGUGGGAAGGAGAUUACUGCUUGGGUUGAGUACAGAGAUGAUCUGAAGUUGGUUCGGGUUUGGGUCGGGUACUCGUCGGAGAAUAAGCCUCCGAGUCCGGUUAUUGUGGCCCAGAUUGACCUCUCGAAGCAGUUCAAGGAGUUGGUGUAUGUGGGGUUCUGUGCCGCAAAUAGGAAGGGGUCUUCGGCCUACAUUGUUGAUAGUUGGAGGUUCAAGACUUUUAAUGGGUCUCUGCCUUCGGUGAUUCCUAUGGAUUUUUGGGAGGAGCAGGACUGUUUCAUGUGUGGAGAUUCGAGUAUCGACAUCACUUCUGUUCAUGUAAGGAAAACAAGGAUAGUGGUGGAGAUUGCUUUCGGGUUGGUAGGUUUAGCUGCAUUUGUGUUAUCCGUAGGUGCAGUUUUGGUGAUUUGUUGCGUGUGUGCAAAGAGGAGGAAGGGGAGUGGCGGAAGAAGUAGACGAGGGCUGUGUUGUAGAGUUGAGACGAGUAGAGUUCCAACGAGUUUGUCACUGGCGGAGAUAACAUCAGCUACAAUGGGGUUUGAUAGAAGCAGAAUUGUUGGGGAAGGAGCAACAGCUAAGGUUUACAGAGGGUCUCUGUUAUCUGGUGGAGAAGUGGCAGUCAAAAGGUUCGGAAGGGCUAAUGGGAUUGAUCGUUUGGGUAGUCCUUUUACUACUGAGUUUGCAACAAUGGCAGGGUGUUUGCGGCACAAGAAUUUGGUUCAGCUUCAUGGCUGGUGCUGUGAGGGUAAUGAGCUAGUUCUGGUGUAUGAGUUCAUGCCGAACGGAAGCCUCAACAAAAUUCUCCACAGAAGCUUCAAUUUGGCUGUUGUCUUAUCUUGGAAGCAAAGACUUAAUAUCGUUCUUGGAGUUGCAUCUGCGCUUGUAUAUCUUCAUGAGGAGUGUGAGAGGCAGAUAAUUCACAGAGAUGUUAAAACUUGUAACAUAAUGCUAGAUGCAGAAUUUAAUGCGAAGCUUGGGGAUUUUGGUCUAGCAGAAGUAUAUGAGCACAGUUCCAUCACAAGAGAAGCGACCAUACCAGCUGGAACAAUGGGAUAUCUUGCUCCUGAAUAUGUUUACUCUGGUGUUCCUACUGUUAAAACCGAUGUCUACAGCUUCGGUGUGGUGGUGUUAGAGGUGGCGACGGGUAGAAAGCCGGUGGAGGAUGAUGGUACAGUGAUUGUUGAUUCGGUUUGGGGCCUGUGGGAAAUGGGGAAACUGAUUGAAGCUGCUGAUUCAAGGCUGACUGGAAAGUUUGACAAGGUAGAGAUGGAAAGGAUGUUGAUGACUGGACUUGCUUGUGUGCACCCAAACCAUGUGAAGAGGCCAACAGUUAAAGAAGCUGCAAGGAUAUUACAAGGAGAAGCGCCACUUCCUGUAUUGCCUGCAAGAAAACCUAGGGUGAGCAUUCGACCUGUUUUUCAUGAUGAUACUGAAGAAAUCCGAAAUUUCUGUGCUGGUAGGUUCAGCCUUGAACUUGAUGAUGUACCAUAUAUGACCCCCAAGAGCCAAUUUGGCAAUGAUCAGUAGCUCAGAAUAGGCCAAUUUGGCUUAUGUAAGGUGGUGUUUUAGGUUAGCCAAUUUGUUAGAAGUAUCAUUAGAAUGUAUUCAACAUCCUGCAGAACUGAAAUACUCAUUAUUUUACAUAACAAGAAGAUAUCAU